AUGUCGCUGGAAACUAUUACCACCAUUUCCCCCGCCACCAAUGAGCCCGUUGUCACCCGCACCGGUGUUUCAUCUGAGGAAUUGAGACAGAUUCCCGAGAACGCCCAGGUGGCUUUCCACUCAUUCUCGCAGUCCACAACCUUGGAACAAAGACAAAAGAUUGUGGAGCGUACCCUUGAUAUUUUGGAGAAAAAGCAAGAUGAAUUAGCACGCGAGGUCACAGAGCAGAUGGGUCGACCCAUCGCUUACAGCGGCGUCGAAGUCGCGACCGCUAUCAAGCGUAGUCGCUACCUGACCCGCAUCAGUACUUCUGUGCUAGGUGAGGAAGGAAUCGUACCCGGAGAGGAAGAGAAAGGGUUCCGUCGAUACAUUAAACGUUCGCCCGUCGGUGUGGUGUUGGUCAUCUUCCCUUGGAACUAUCCCUACCUUACUCUCGUCAACAGCUUGAUCCCGGCAAUCCUCGCUGGAAACGCAGUCAUCCUCAAGCCCUCCCCUCAAACCCCCACAAUCGUCGAGCACUUUGCCUCUGCUUUUGCCGAAGCCGGCCUUCCUGAGAACGUGCUCCAAUUCUUCCACUGCGGAUCCUUUACUCUGCUUGAGACUUUGGUGCGCUCACCUCUAGUGAACCAUAUCUGUUUCACCGGCUCCGAAGCCGGAGGCCUGGCCGUUCAAAAGGCGGCCGCAGACCGUAUCGUUAAUGUUGGACUGGAGUUGGGAGGCAAAGACCCAGCUUAUGUCCGAGAGGAUGUGGAUCUUACCUGGGCUGCCGAGGAAGUCGUUGACGGGGCUAUCUUCAACAGUGGACAGAGCUGCUGCGCUAUCGAGCGAGUCUAUGUCCACGAGAAGGUCUAUGAUGGCUUCAUCACUGAGGUCAAGAGGGUCCUUAGUAACUAUCGUGUUGGCGAACCCUCCGAUCCCAAGACCCAGAUUGGUCCCGUGGUCUCCAAGCAGUCAAAGCAAGCUAUCCUGGCCCAAAUUGAGGCCGCUGUCAAGGACGGCGCAAAGAAUGAUACCCCUGCCAACGCGACUUUUGAGAAUUUCCCUGCCAACGGAAACUACGUUAAGCCCACUCUGCUCACUGGUGUGACCCAUGAGAUGGCCGUUAUGAAGGAUGAAACUUUCGGUCCCGUCAUCCCUGUCAUGAAGGUCUCGGGCGAUGACGAAGCCAUCCGCCUCAUGAAUGAUAGCACAUUUGGCCUCACUGCCAGUGUUUGGAGUAAGGAUGUUGCGGCUGCUGAGAAGCUGGUUGAUCGAGUUGAAGCUGGCACCGUGUUUGUCAACCGCUCCGAUUACCCCAGCCCCGAUCUUGCUUGGACCGGCUGGAAAAACUCCGGCCGUGGUGUCACUCUCAGCAGAUUUGGCUUUGAGCAAUUCGUCAAACUCAAGAGCCACCACAUCAAGGAUUACCCCAAAUAA